AUGAGUGGUCGCGAGGGUGGUAAAAAGAAGCCUCUGAAGGCACCGAAAAAGGAGCAGUCGGAAAUGGACGACGACGAUGUGGCGUUCAAACAGAAGCAGAAGGAGCAACAGAAAGCGCUCGAUGCGGCUAAACAGAAGGCUUCCAAGGGAGGCGCGCUGCUUCAGGGUGGUAUCAAGAAGUCGGGAAAGAAGUGA